AUGGAACGAAGGAACAAUGUGACUUACUUUGUCCUCUUGGGUCUCACACAGAAUCCAAAGGAGCUGAAAGUCCUUUUUGUUAUGUUUUUGCUCUUGUACAUUUUGACCAUGGUGGGCAACAUGCUCAUUGUCAUGACUGUGACUGUCAGUAAGACUCUCCACUCCCCGAUGUACUUUUUUCUUGCUAGUCUAUCAUUUACGGAUGUCCUUUAUUCCUCUUCCAUUUCCCCCAGAUUGAUUUCAGACUUGUUCUUUGGAGAAAAUAUCAUAUCCUUCCAAUCGUGUAUGAUCCAGCUUUUUACAGAAUAUUUUUUUGGUGGAUCAGAGAUCUUUCUUCUGUUGGUGAUGGCCUAUGACCUCUAUGUGGCCAUCUGUAAGCCCUUGCAUUAUUUGGUUAUUAUGAGGCAAAAGGUGUGUAUUGUGCUGUUAGUAGUGUGUUGGAUUGUAGGUCUUCUGCACUCACUAAUUCAAAUAUCCACUAUUUAUGGGCUCCCAUUCUGUGGCCACAAUGUCAUUGACCAUUUUUCCUGUGACAUGUACCCCUUAUUGAAACUUGUCUGUACUGACACCUAUGUCAUUGGCGUCUUAGUGGUGGCCAAUGGAGGACUGAUCUGCAUUAUAGUGUUUCUGCUCUUACUUCUCUCUUAUGGUGUCAUCUUGUACUCUCUGAAGAACCUUAGUCAGCAAGGUAAGCGGAAAGCCCUACAGACCUGCAGUUCCCACAUCACUGUGGUUGUUUUCUUCUUUGUUCCCUGUGUUUUCAUGUAUGCAAGACCUGCAGAGACCUUCCACAUUGACAAAUCAUUAAGUUUGUUUUAUGGAGUCAUAACCCCCUUGCUGAACCCAUUAAUCUACACUUUGAGAAAUUCAGAAAUGACUAAUGCUACGAAGAAGCUCUGUAGAAAAAAAUCACAUCAACUAGUAAGUGCAUCAUCCAUCAUCAAGAAAGUAAUUUAG